AGUCAAUAGAAUGUGCUGAUGUGCUGCUUGUGUGCUGGUGCCCUGCUGUGGGUCAUGCUUACUCCGUUCACUUCACCUCCUCCCCUGAUCAUGUCAGUGUGAGAGUGCUCUCACACACCGCUCAUGUUCCUGCCACUGGACGUAACAGCACUUUGCGCUGUCUGUUUGGAUGAAAGAGUGAUGAUCUGGAGACUGACUGCUCUAGCUCUGGCAUGUUCACUGCUGCUUGUAGACGCAGGUGUACUGUAUGGAAAGCGUGAUCGGAGAACACUGACUUUCUCCAGGUCAGUUUCAGAUGAACAGGACGGAAAUGUUCGUACAAAACGGGCGGCAUGGUCGCUCAACUCCAACUUCGUAGAAUGUGCAAGUCCUCUGAGUCCCAAAGUGCACGCAGUCCUGGAGAGCAACACGUACGAGACAGUCUUUCACGGAGAUGACGGCUCUAGUUUUAUUCUAGCAUGGGUCGGCGAUGGAACUGGCGUUAUUCUGAUUUUGUCCACAGUUACUGCUCCACUGGACUCCUUCUAUGAGCGUGGCUCCAUUCGCCUGUACAGGAGUGAAGAUUAUGGAAAAUCCUUUCAUGACAUCUCAUAUACCAUCAACAGUUCCUUCAUAAGAAAGGACUUUGGGAUAUCUGUAGGCCCGGGGAAUUCACAGAAGGUGAUUCUGACAGCUGAGCUGCCCAUUGCCAAUGUCCCAGGAGGAGUUAUAUUCACCUCCACAGACUCAGGAAAGACGUUCAGAUCAGUACAGCUGCCGUUCCACCCAGCUCAGCCCAUUUCCUUCCAUCACCACAACGCAGACUGCCUGCUGGUCAUCAGCACAGAGGGCUGUCUAUAUCUCUCGCAGAACUUCGGGAGCAGCUGGUCUAAAAUCCACGAUGGAGUUUACUCUUUUACAUGGGGAUCCGGCAUCACUCUUUUUUUCAGUUACAGCCCUAAAGGCACAGUGGAGGCAGACAGGCGAGGAGAUCUUUAUCUGAGACGCACCCAGGACUUGGGCAGAACCUUCACUACCAUUGCUCAGAAUAUCUUCUCCUUUGGCUACAUUGGAGGCUUCCUCUUCACCUCUGUCAUGGAGAAACCGGGUUCUCCUCGGGUUAUUUAUGUGUCUUUAGACCACGGUGAUCACUUCACCAAAGCGUUGCUCCCAUCAGCCUCCUCAGAGCAGUUCUACUCCGUUUUGGAUGGCGAUGAAGAUAUGAUCUUUAUGCAUGUGGAUAGCCCUGGAGAUGAGACGUAUUUUGGGACGGUGUAUACGUCUGAUGACCGUGGCAUCCUGUACUCCAAGUCUCUUGAACGCCAUCUGUUUGGUAGCCAAAGGAAGAGUGACUUUACCAAUGUGACCUCGCUGCGAGGAGUAUAUCUUACCAACGUCUUUGAGGAGGAUGGACGAAUUUGCACAGUCAUCACAUUCAAUAACGGUGGAAAAUGGCGGCCGGUAAAAAAGCCAAAAAACGUGGAAUGUGAAGGAAGCGUUAAAAGGUGUAACUUGCACAUCCAUGGCGAGCACAGCCACUACAGCGGCAUUUCUCCCAUGCUGCCUCUGUCCGAUCCUUCUGCUGUUGGCUUGAUCAUCGCUCAUGGCAGUGUCGGGGACUCCAUUUCAGCAUCCAAGCCGGAUGUGUUCGUGUCCUCGGAUGGAGGGUACAACUGGAUAUGCGCUCUGAGGGGACCUCACCACUACAGCAUACUGGACUCAGGAGGCCUGAUUGUGGCUGUGGAGGUUCGCAGAGAUCGACAGGUUAAUGCCAUAAAGUUCUCCACAGAUGAGGGUCAGUGUUGGAAGACUUAUAAUUUCACAGAGCAUCCCAUCUUCUUUGCUGGCCUUACAUCUGAGCCCGGUACUAAGACUCUGAACAUCAGCGUGUUUGGUUACCGGCCUGAUGAUGAUGAUCAGCCCCUGUGGGUUGCCGUGACUAUAGACUUUGAGCAGCUUCUGACUAGAGAAUGUGGUGAGCAGGACUAUAUGAAGUGGUUGGCUCAUUCUGAUGAGGGAGAACCAGGUUCAGAGACAAACGGAUGUGUCUUAGGCUACAAGGAAACGUUUCAAAGGCUGAGGAAGACGUCAGUGUGCAGAAAGGGGCGUAACUAUGUGGUCAGUAAGCAGCAGAAGCCAUGUCCCUGCUCCAGAGAAGAUUACAUGUGUGAUUAUGGUUAUUACCGCCAUGAAAACAGCUCUGAAUGUGUGAAACAGCCUGAGUUCACAAACGAAACACUGGAGCUCUGUUUCAACGGGGAGUUAGAGGAGCUCCAGACAACAGGGUAUCGAAAGAUCCCCAGUGAUAAAUGUGAGGGUGGCUUUAGCCCCCCACGUCAAAUGAAUGCUGCCAAAAUGCAUUGUGGGAACUCCAGCCAGCCUGCCCCUACGACCCAUCAGCCUAGUAGAGUAAAGGAGGUGUGGCUGCUGACUGUGAUAAGUGUCAGUGUGGGGACUGUGGCUCUGGCUAUCGUUACUGCAGUUACCAUAACAGUCCGGAGGGUGAACUACAGGCAAAGGUUGACACCAUACCAAUUCUCAGCUCUGCAGCUGCAUGAGGAUGAACUGUGUGUUGCCUCUGAGAGCACUCCAAGCAGUAACCAAGCCAGCUACCAAGAAGAUUCAGAUGAUUGCUGUCUGACUGCUCACUGAUGGCGAUUCCAGGAGGAAUUCAUCUCUACCUAAAGCGACUGGUGCAGCAGCUCUUUCAUCCUUUAGUCUGUGCAGCUCUUCCACCUCCUCUUCUGUACACUCCGCUCGAACACGACCGAGUCCACAUCUUCAGCCUUCACAGCACCACUGCACUUGUUCUCUAGCCGAGACGAGGCUUUGCUGUAACUUGUGUCUAAUAGCAGCACUGAAUUCUGUCUGGAACUUUGAGAUUUUUGGACAUUUUUCCUGUCUCCACUACAUCUGUGUUGGAUUUCUCAUUAAUAUGACAGUGAAUGUCUCUGACUGUUAUCAGUUAUAUCUGAGAUUGUUGAAAUGUCUUCACACCAGAAUCACUACGCAUAUCACAAUUAUUUCAAUAAUAACAUGCUUAAUGUGUCUAAGGGUGGACUUUUCCUUUAAGAGUGUAAAUGCAGACAACGAAGCUUUAACAAAUUACAAAGUAAACUUGCAGAAAUGUUGUGUGUGAACAAUCAGUAUUUUAUUCUUAAUACAUUUACACACUUUUUUUUUUUUUCCUGCAGAUGAGAUACAACCCAUAGAGUAAAGCUUUAACGUAACAAAGUGGGAAACCUCAAGGGCUCUGAAUACUUUCUGAAAGCACUGUAGUCUAAAGUGAGAGUGUAGUAUCAGGUCAUGUGUUUAAGAUCAUGGCUCGUUACAUUAUAAACACGGGUUCCUAACCCUGGAGUAUCCUCUGUCCUGUACAUGUUAGUGUUUUCCCCGCUCUCAGCACACCUGAUUUAACUAAUCAGCAAAUUAACAGCCGCUCCUGAGUUGAAGUGUGUGACGCAGGGGAAGCAUUAAAAUGUGC